UAAUUAUGAUACAAUUGAUUUGCGUGGCUCCAAAAACGUGUACGUAGAUAGUAGUUUAGAACAAAUUAAACGUUCCUAGUUGAGCAUGUUUCCACCGGAAUUAUUUAAAUGUCGGACAAAUAAAAUGACAGCUCAGAAAGAAAACACGAGUUUGAAUGUCACUGCAAUUGUGACAGAAAACGAUGACAAACUACAGCUAAUGAAAGGUGCAGCUUUCCUGACGACUGUCGCUUCUGCUGGGAUGAUUACAGGAUUCGGCUCCACGUUAGCCAUGGCCAAGAAAAAGAGUCCGGGAUGGUUUAGCAAGGAUCAGAUGGUGACAGGUGUCCCAGCAGGGUCAGACAGCCAGGGAAGACCAGUCUACGGCGCUCCGGGAACGAUGGCCACCGCUGCAGUACCGGAGACGGGGGCGUCCCUGGCUCUCCGGGCCCUGGGUUGGGGCUCUCUCUAUGCCUGGUGUGGAGUGGGCCUGCUCAGCUUCGCAGUCUGGAAAGCCAUGGGGGUCCAUAGUCUAACAGAGUUCAGGCAGACGAUGCAGUCAGUUUUCCCGGCUAUUCCCAAAAAUGAGGAUGGACCAGCCAACUCAGAGGAAUGGGACACCAUCUUCAAGUCUAAAGAUGACUGAAGAGGACUGCAGGUCUAGACUACAUUCUCACCCUGGCUGAGAGCAGCCUUAAUAAGUCACUGCAUGACUUAACAAUUACUGUGGGAUGGGCAGUCAGUUGGUCACUGUGCUGAGAAGGAAAUGAACUUGGCGUCCACUGUCUGUACCCACAGGUGCAGAAUGCGGUUAGUUAGUGGUCCAGCCACUCUUCACUGAUGCUCAUCUGAAGCCUAUGAAGAGAGCAUCCCCUGCCUGAAGACAUCAUGGUUAAUUUAAACUCCCUUGGAUAAUCUUAAUUUCUGAUCAGAGGCUUGCUAUGUAAGAUCACAGGAGCCCUGGACUGUCUUGUACUGUACAGUUAGCCUAAACACCAGUCUUGUUUGUGCUCUUGCCAGCUCCAUUGCUCGUUGUCAAGCCACAUUUUUGGCAUCACGAUGAGUAUCAAGGAGUUUACAUAAGACCGGCACUAAGGCUAGUACAGUAGUCCAAGGCAGCGACCCUCUUGAACAGAUCUGGACUACUCACUGUACUUUGUCAUAAAGGCCACAAUAUGGAUUGUCUUAAAUCUGUAUGUUUGGAUUUCUUUGUCAAUCAAAAUGUAUUUUACACUAUUUGUUCUGCGAAACAGUAAAACGCAAAAUGUGUUUGCA